AUGGAAGAUAUAGAAAAUAUAAAAAGCUCCCAUAUGGAUAGUUUGAAAGAAGGUAACUUGGAAAUUCUCAUUCCUGCUCCACAUACCAAUGAGAGAUCUAUCCAGGACCCGCCCAUGGUGGAUAACCCCCUGGGUAGUGGAUAUGGGUCCAAUUCAGACCAGGGGGAAUCGAAAUUUUACUCAUUCGAGAAGGAGUCGCUGGGCUCUGCGCACGACAGUGACGACGUGAAGGGGGGAGAGACUGGUUCGGUUGUUGGAGUCAAUGAAGCUAAAGGUGUCAUUGUUCCUAGAACCCUUCGCCUUCGAAAAAACAAAGUGGUCUAUACUGGUGGUCGCGGAGGUCGCCAUCAGGGAAGAGGAGGGAGAAGUGGUCGCGUGCAGGAUUGGGGCGAUCCAGAACACGUGAUCUCUAAACUGCCUCCAUCUGCCCUUGAAGUAGUCAGAAUAAUUGUUCAUCACCAGGAAGUAGAAGAACUUGUUCAUGCUAUUACAAGAGCAGAUGGCGAGGCUAGAAGAAAAGACUUCGACAGAGUUGUGGCAUCGUCCUGGUCUAAAUGGGUCUCUGGAUCCCCCACUCUUAUUCUCACUUCCAAAUUGAAGCGGCUGAAAAGGGUCUUAAAAUCUUGGGCGAGAUCUGCCUUUCCUCACCUUGAUGAAGAGCUAGAGCGUGUGAAGAAGACUCUGAACCAGAUUCAUGACCAUAUUGCAAGCGAAGGGAUGAACGAUCAACUAUUUGCACUGGAAGCUGAUGCGAAGACAGGAUUGGUGAAAGCUUUGGAAAAUUAUGAAAAAAUAUGGGCUGAAAAGGCGAGAAUUAGGUUCCUUAGAGCCGCCCUAACAGAGAAUCAUGAUGAUUUAUUAGACAAUAUUUCAAAAGUUCUAAACCAAAUGGACUGCUAUAAGAUGGACUCUCUUCCUGGGAAUGAGGAAAUAUGGAGGGCAGUCUGGGAGCUUGACUCGGAUAGCUCGCCGGGCCCUGAUGGGUUCUCUGGUGCAUUCUUUUGCAAAUGCUGGCAUACGGUGGAAGUGGAGGUAUGCAACGCAGUGAGACAAUUUUUUAGCACAGGGUCUAUGCUAAAUGAGGUGAAUAAUAAUUUCCUCGUAUUGAUUCCAAAGGUGGACAGUGCAAAUACGCUUGAUAGAUUUUGCCCUCUCUGUAUGGGAAAUUUUUUCUGUAAAAUCAUAUCCAAAGUUAUGGUGAUGUGCCUUGAGACUCUCCUCCCUCGGUUGAUCUCAGAAGAGCAGGGUGCCUUUCAGAAGGGGAAGAUGAUCCAUGACAACAUCUCUGCGGCUUCUGAGCUUGCAAAUUCAAUGUUCUCUGUGACCAGAGGUGGGGGCCUUGGACUUAAAAUUGGCAUAAGGAAGACUUAUGAUACUAUUUCCUGGUCAUUUAUUUUUCAGGGUUUCUUUGGGGUGGAGCAUGGACUGAGACAAGGUGAUCCUAUAUCUCCCAUGCUAUUUAUUAUAGCAGAAGAAGUUCUAUCCAAAGGGUUAUCGAACCUGGUUCAGAGUAAGAGUCUUAAGUCGAUCAGUGGCCCAAGAGGCGUUGCUACUCCUGGACACAUUUUAUUUGUAGACGAUAUUUUCAUCUUCACCAAUGCCUCCUUGAGAUAUGUUAGAGCUUUGAAAGCCUUCUUGAUGAAGUAUCAGGAAUUCUCAGGCCAAUGCAUCAGUUUUGGGAAAAGUAAACUUUUCCUGGGAAAGAUAGCUCUAGCUCGCAAGCAGACUAUUGCUGAUACCCUUGGAAUUCAGAUAUGCACCUUCCCACCUCGCUACUUAGGAGUUGAAAUAUUUAAGGGUAGAGCGAAAAAAGAGGCUCUGCUACUGGUGAUGGACAAGGUGAAGGGGCGUCUAGCGGGUCGGAAAGGAAAUCUCUUGUCAUUGGCAAGCAAAACGGAGCUGAUUAGAUCAGUCAUUAUUUAUGAAGCAAAGUCUGGUGCUGUUAUGGAAGGAAUUUCGAUGGCUAAGGUGUUGGAUGCAAGGGGUCUUUGGAUAGAGUCUGACUCGGCUACGGUAGUUACUGCGAUUCAGAGAAACCAUAUCCCGUGGUUCAUUCUUCAAAAAUGGUUGACAAUUCUUCCUUUCUUGGAAUUGAUCCCAUGGAAGAUCUCUCAUUGCUUUCACGAAGCAAACCCGAUAGCGGACUUCUUGGCCAAAAAGGCUUCCAAAUCUAGAAACUCAGAGUUCUCGGUGUCAUUUCCCAGCCAUGUAGUAGAGUAUUUAGAGAAAGAUAUUCAGGGCAGACAUCGUUUUAGAUUCCUCUAG